AUGCGCCCAAAACCUUCAUCCUGUGGCUUGUACGAUCAAACCGUCAGGUCUUCAUCAACCAUGACAUCUUCUUCCGAGAGACAUAGAAGUUUCCAUCCACACGGCAGCCGAUCAGAGAUCCUGGUCCUACCACCGCGCAAUGAAUUCAUGACUUCUCACCAAUGGACAGCAAUGUACCUCAUCUCACCACCCCUUCCGCGCGGAGUCUCUGCAGUCCAGUUCAACAUCAUGAGCCACGACCAAGGAUGGUGCAGCGAUAGAAGCCAGGGCAUCUGGUCAUGGUUCGAUGUGUCCAUCUUGGGCUGCACCUCUGACCGAGAUGAUGUUGACGAUACUUUCUCCUUAUUUUCUGACUUGUCGGAUCAUCCUUCAUCAUAUCUCAAGCCUAAACCCGAAGAUUUCCGCCAAGUCUUGCAGGACCAGGGCUUGCAUUUCAAGCACAUCCCCAAAGAAGACCCAACCAAGCCGGGAGCCAUUGCGAAGCGAGUGGCUUCGAACAAGAUCCAAAGGUCCUGGCAACAACAUGUUGUAAUUUGGAGAGUGGAAGAUGGUGGUGAGGAAGCUGAGUUCCUGUCCUGUCUUGGCGAGGGGGAUCGAUUGGUCGUUUGGGCUCGCACACAGGUGGAUGUGGAAAUAAAGGUCUCGGUUGAUGAGACGACUCUUAAUACCCUUCCUGUCAGCGGUGGUGGUUCUGAAACGCGUCAAGAGGACACAGUUGAUGGUGUUUUGUGA